AUGCAGGGCCUCAGUUUUGCCAGCUUAAAGAAGCAUAAAGCUUUGAUUCCCUUGUACGUGUGUGUUGGUUUGGGAUGCGGCGCCUCUGUGUUUUAUUUGGCACGCCUAGCCUUACGUUCACCUGACGUGACAUGGAACAGGCGCACCAACCCAGAGCCUUGGCAAGAGUACAGGAACAAGCAAUAUAAGUUCUAUUCACCAAUCAGAGAUUAUUCAAAGGAGGAGUCACCUGCACCCAAAUUC